UUUUUCUCCUUUUUUUUUCAACCUUCUUUUGCACGUGAAACACAAUCUCAGUUCCAGUCAAGUAUAAAGUGAGCCUAUCUUCCCCAGUUUUACGUCCAUCUGCCACGAACUUCAUCUCAUCUUGUGAUCCUUCAGUCCAAUAAUUUCAAUAUGCCGGCACCCGUGUCCUCCUCUUCUGCCCCCCAUGCAAACCUCAAGGCCGCCACCACCAAACCUCGUGCUCAUCCUCACCCGGGUUCCAGAAAGACUCGUGUUGUCAGACGACGAGGAAGAGCACAGGGACACUUCGAUAGUGAUGAGGAAAUUGAGCGUGAGGUUGGGACUGAUUCAGAGUCCCUAAUACCACUCAGAGCUCUGGAGACGUAACUUCUUUCCAUCAACAGCCUUCGAAACUAGACAUUGACCACAGUGGCGACCCUGCUCCCUUUUUUGGUUCAGCUGGGAAUUGGUCAGAAAUGGUCGCUGACGAAAAUGUCAAUGGCCCAGCAG